AUGGCAGCGCUAUCCAAGAUGCGACUCCCAGAGCGCUCUGUUAGCCAGACCAUCUCGCACCUGACGAGUCUGUACGUGAAACAUCGCACCCGAAUCUCACGCGCCGUCUCUCUCGCCUUGUUCCUCGCCCUCGCGAAGCGAAUACAUAAUGCGAUCGGAGAACAAAAAGCGGCAUCCCGGCGACAGGCGGAGAUGCGUGAGCGACCGGGAACGAGCAGUCUCGACAAUAACACAGAGGACGAGAAGGGCGAUGAGAAAAGCGCAAGCAGGAAAAAAGUGGAAAUCAACCUUGAAUUCUUCAGAAAUCUCAUACGCUUGUUACGCAUUGUGAUUCCGGGAUGGAAGAGUAAAGAGUUCCGUUUGCUUUUGAGUCAUAGUGUGUUUCUGGUGUUGCGGACUAUACUGAGCAUAUAUGUUGCUGAGUUGGAUGGCAAGUUGGUUAGUCACUUAGUGCGUGGCAAGGGUAAGGAGUUUUUGAUGAGUCUUGUUUGGUGGAUGACGGUUGCUAUCCCUGCCACUUUUACGAAUUCUAUGCUUUCUUAUCAUCAAUGUCGUCUAGCGCUUGAAUAUCGCAGACGGCUCACAGAGCAUGUCCAUGACAAGUAUUUGUCAAACAUGACAUUUUAUGCACUUUCAGCCUUGGACGAUCGGAUCAAGAAUCCGGAUCAGAUGGUCACAGUCGACAUUUCCAGAUUCUCCGACAGUUUAGCGGAGCUAUACUCGAACUUAGCAAAACCCGUUUUGGAUAUGGCUCUAUAUAACUACCAACUCUCAAAGAACGUGGGCAUGGAGGGCUUGUUCCUCAUGAGUCUGCUGGUUCAACUAUCAGCAAACAUGAUGCGCGCCUUGACACCUCCAUUCGGCAAAUACGUUGCCGAUGAAGCUCGCUUGGAAGGCGAGUUUAGAUUCCAACAUACACGGUUGAUAGACUAUAGUGAAGAAGUCGGCCUCUAUCACGGCCACGAAGCCGAGAAGGAUAACCUUGACAAGGGUUAUUUCACGCUUAUAAAGCAUGUCAAUCGUAUUCUUCGACGACGGUUGUAUCAUGGAUUUAUGGAGGAUUUUGUCAUCAAGUAUUUCUGGGGUGCUUUGGGCCUUAUGCUUUGCAGUGUUCCGGUGUUUUUCAAAAUUCCGGGGCAGCUCAGUCAGACUAUGGGCGAUCGGACAGAGAGCUUCGUCACUAAUCGACGACUACUCCUUUCCUCAUCUGAUGCAUUCGGUCGUGUAAUGUUCUCGUACAAAGAAGUAUCAGAACUCGCAGGCCACACCGCUCGAGUCUCAUCCCUCCUCGACGUCAUGGAAGACGUAGCCGCCGGCCGAUUCGAGAAGAAACUCGUAUCAUCAGCAUCAACAGAAGAAAAUGCAGCCGUCCUCGCAGGUCGAGGAACAGUUACCGAAGGCUCCUCCAUCGAAUUCACAGACGUCCCUAUCGUCUCACCCAACGGCGAUGUUCUUGUCCGAAAGCUCUCCUUCACCGUCCACCCAGGCGAUCACCUACUGAUUGUUGGACCAAACGGAUGCGGUAAAUCCUCUCUCUUCCGUAUCCUCGGUGGUCUCUGGCCCGUCUACGGUGGAACAGUGAAGAAGCCCAGUUUUGACGACAUUUUCUACAUCCCGCAACGCCCCUAUCUCUCCCGCGGCACUUUACGGCAGCAGGUAAUAUACCCAGAUGGCGUCAAAGAAAUGCGCGCCAAAGGCGUGACAGACGCCGAUCUUUUCGAGGUCCUCUCCAUCCUCGAAAUUUCCAACAUAGUCGACCGCGAAGGCGGCUGGGAUGCAGAAGAAGAAUGGCGCGACGUUUUGUCUGGUGGACUCCAGCAACGCAUCGCUAUGGCACGUCUCUUCUACCACAAACCGCGCUAUGCAAUCCUGGACGAAUGCACAUCAUCCGUCACCCUGGAGAUUGAGAAAGUCAUGUACGAAACCGCCAAGAAGCUGGGAAUCACGUUGAUGACAGUCUCGCAUCGACGGAGUUUGUGGCAAUACCACAAGAAGAUUUUGCAGUUUGAUGGACAGGGCGGAUAUAUUUUCACGGGAUUGGAUUGGGAGAAGAGAUUGAAAUUGGAAGAUGAGAAAGAAGAUCUCGAUUUACAAUUGCGUGCCGUUCCGGAUAUUGAGAAACGGAUUGCUGAGCUCUCGGCGGUUUGA